AUGCUGCUGGCCAGGUAUGCAUCUCUGUUGUGUUUGUUCGUCAAGCCAAGUCUUGAUCACCGCCACUUCGAAAAGGGUGGACUAUUAACGGGUCAAGAUCCUUCUGACUUCAACACUUCUGACCCACUACGACUAUGGGUUAUACAACUUGGUGUGAUAUUGAUGAUGACACAAGUUCUCUCACUUGUACUGGGGAAGAUCAAGCAGCCGAAGGUCAUUGCAGAAGUGAUCGGUGGCAUCUUGCUGGGUCCCACUGCAUUCGGUCGCAUCCCCGGUUUCACCGAACAUGUAUUUCCUGAGCAGUCUUUACCCUACCUCUCGCUCGUUGCGAACAUUGGGCUAUGUCUGUUCCUCUUCCUUGUUGGCCUGGAGAUCGAUGGUGCUAUUGUCAAGCGCAACUUCCGGUUAUCCUUUAUAAUCGCAGUUGCUGGCAUGGCCCUUCCAUUUGGUUUGGGUGCCGCGCUCUCCGUACCCUUAUACCACACCUUUAUCCCCUCUACCGUCAAGUUCACCAACUUCAUGCUAUUCACGGGCGUUGCGUACUCGAUUACUGCUUUUCCAGUUCUCUGCAGAAUUCUCACCGAGCUGAAGCUGUUGGAUACAACCGUCGGCAUCGUCGUUCUGUCCGCUGGCGUUGGAAAUGACGUCGUCGGCUGGGUACUUCUCGCACUUAGUGUGGCCCUUGUGAAUGCAGGUUCCGGUUUGACAGCGCUGUGGAUCCUAUUUGUGUGCCUUGGCUGGGCGCUAUUCUUACUUAUAAUUAUGACGAGGGUCAUGUACUGGCUCGCGCGGAAGACAGGUUCGAUAGAAAAUGGCCCAACAGUCUUCUUUAUGACAAUAACAAUUUUAUUAAUGUUCGGCUCAGCAUUUUUCACGGAUGUCAUCGGAGUUCAAGCGAUCUUCGGUGCAUUCUUAGCUGGAUUGGCUGUCCCCCGAGAAGGUGGUCUAUGUAUUACGUUGACAGAGAAGCUGGAAGACAUGGUAUCUAUAAUAUUCUUACCUCUAUAUUUCACCAUUUCAGGUUUGAAUACCAACUUGGGCCUACUGAACAACGGCAUUACUUGGGGAUUUACUAUCGCGAUAUGUACCUUGUCCUACUCGGGCAAAUUUGGCGGCUGCGCAAUUGCCGCCCGACUCGCGGGCUUUUCUUGGCGCGAAGCCAGUACGAUUGGCUCUUUAAUGAGUUGCAAAGGCCUUGUUGAAUUGAUCGUGUUGAACGUAGGGUUAUCAGCGGGUAUUCUCUCUCAGCGCGUCUUUUCUAUGUUUGUGCUGGAGGCCCUUAUCCUCACCUUCAUGACUACGCCAGCUGUUGUCGUGCUCUACCCUCCGGAGAUGCGUGUGCGUGUGUCGUUGGACAAUAAUGGAGCUACUGGGACUGUCAAACACAGAGGAGAUGAACAUACAGCGGAGAAGAGAUCAGAAGCCAGUUCGCUCGGAGGGAACCUGAAUGAAGAGGCGCGGGAGCACAAGUCCCGCUUUACUAUCGUAUUGGACAAGAUCGAGCACCUCCCUGCUUUAAUUGCCUUCACGCAGCUGAUUCAACCGCCCGCGAUGGGCGCACUAUCGGAGGGAGAGAAUACAAAUCUGUCCCUCUCAACACUUCCAGGUUCUGGAAAGAUCAAUCGUUCAAAGAUGCAUCGCUAUUCACCCAACGCGCACGAAGUCUCAGUCAAUGCUCUGCGUUUAAUAGAGCUUUCCGACCGAGCCUCCGCUGUCAUGCGUUCGUCCAAUGCGGAUUCUUUGAUCCAUGCCGACCCACUCCUGAACAUCUUUAGUACUUUUGGCAGCCUGAAUGGGAUCUCGGUCUCCUCCUCGCUCGCGAUUGUGGCAUAUGAUGACCUCGCAUUAAGCAUUGCGGAAAACGCUCAACGACACCGGUCUCAACUUGUUCUGCUGCCCUGGCUGCCCUUCCAGCCAUCAUUGGAGGCAUCCCCUUCCCCGGACGCGCUGACUGGGGACGCUAGGGAUUUGUCUCCGACGACUCCUCGUGCUACAACAGGAUACAUGCAAAAUCCGUUUGAGACACUCUUCCGAACAGCCCCCUCGGGCCCGGACCAGUCUUCUUCAGCUGUGUAUUCGACUUUUGUUCGCAGUGUCUUCGCACGGAUGCGCACCGACGUCGCGCUGUUCGUGGACCGGCGACAUCUUGGGGAAGCGGGGUUACCUAUUGUCAGCAGCCAGCAGCAUAUAUUCAUGCCGUUCUUUGGAGGACCGGACGAUCGCCUCGCGUUGGACUUUGUGGUUCAACUAUGUGCGCAUCCGCGGACAACUGCAACGGUUUUGCGGAUAAGACAGUAUCAACCGCACGAAGCAGAGUCCAUUGACAAACCUGCUGCAGCACACCUUGUUGACAAACAUCCGAUUGAAGUUACGAUGACGGCGUUCCCCGACACAAUCUAUGAUCACCACUCAACACAGACUCGCUUGCAGUCAGAGACUGCGGACAAUGUCUUAUGGUCGCGUUACGUGUCGCAGGAGCCAGGGGUCGAUGCACAGUUACUUGACGCCCUCUCCCGCAUAGAGUUCUCUGAGGUGCAGACGCCAACGCCUCUCCGGACCGUCGUGGAAUACGCAUCCAAUUUCUCCUUAUCUGCUAGUGAGAUUCGCUGCCGGUCGUUGAUCAUGGUUGGUCGGUCGCGGCGGCUUGCAUUUGAAUACCAUCAACAGGAGCUGAAACAGCUCAUGGAGCACCACGGAGCUGUCGGUAGCGAAAUCAGGAAGACCAUGGGAGACGUGGCCUCGGCACUCCUCGUGACUGGGAGCAAAGCCAGUAUUGCCGUCUUCCAGGCGGCGGACACUUCUCUUGAUUGA